CCACACACUCCCUGCGCUUUUUUUUGGUUGCACUCAGAUAACACUGCUCAGGCGCUCCCAGUGCCCAGUGCUUCACUCCUGCCUACAAUGCGCAGUGUGCGAACGGGAAACUGAACUGCUUCUUGGUUUCUCUCGCACUACAUUGCUGUUUCGUGUCUCCUGCCUCUGAGUGAUUUCAUGCUGUGACUUCUCCACUCCAGGGUUCUCCAGGUGUCUUGCUUCCUAAAGAGCUACACUUGGUUGCGUCUUUCUCCAGAAUGGAUUUGCACAGGAGCGCAUGGUGGACAAUAAUCGUGCUGUCUCUGACAGUCUGUGCAGCAGAUUCCGGCAUCACUUGGGAAGUUCAAAGAUAUGAUGGCUGGUAUAAUAACUUGGCCUAUCAUCGUCGGGGGACAGCAGGUGCACCUCUCAUGCGCCUCCUGUCCGCUCACUACUCAGACGGAGUUUUUCAAAUCAAAGGACUGCACCUACCCAAUGCACGGUGCAUCAGCAACACACUGUCACGUGGCCCCUGUGGCCACCUAUCAGUCCAGAACCGAACGGUUCUCUCAUUGUUUUUUGGUUUUCAUGUAGCGUAUGAGAUUGUGGAAUCCCGAAGACCCGGUUGCCCUGCUGAGUUCAUGGACAUCCCAGUCCCAAAGGAUGACCCCGUCUUUGGGCAUAACUCCACAGAAGAAGUCCUGCUCCAGUUCCAGCGUGUGCAGUGGGACCAGAGUAGUGGACAGAGUCCAAACAACCCCAGAAAACAGGUGAACCAUGUGACAGCUUGGAUUGAUGGCAGCUCAAUCUAUGGCUCCUCCAGCUCUUGGUGUGAUGCCCUGAGGAGUUUCCAUGGAGGGCUUCUAUCUGCAGGCUCUUCUCCUGACAUGCCAAAGCAGACUGCCAGUAACAAUUUCAUGUGGAGUGCUCCAAACCCCUGCAACGGACAGACUGGCCCAGACGGCCUCUAUGAAUUUGGAAAUGCCUGGGCCAAUGAGAAUAUCUUCACAGUAGCUGAGGCGAUUGUUUGGUUUCGUUACCAUAAUUACCUUGCUACUCAACUACACAAGGAACACCCAUCAUGGUCAGAUGAGGAGCUUUUUCAAAAUGCAAGGAAGAGGGUUAUUGCCACAUUUCAGAACAUUGCAUUCUAUGAAUGGCUGCCUGCAUAUCUAGGAGUCUCAGUGCCUCCAUACCCAGGCUAUCAGAAAACUGUGGAUCCAGGAAUUUCUCCUGAGUUUCAGAUUGUAACAACAUGUUUUGAUUUAACUCUGCUUCCCUCUGGUGUCUAUAUGCGAAACAGGACUUGUCAUUACAGAAAAGUUGUAAACUUGGAUGGGAGCACUUCUCCAGCACUCCGCUUAUGCAACAGUUUUUGGAACAGAGAUAACCCAAAUUUAAAAUCUGGCCAAGAUGUGGACGAUCUUAUAAUGGGUAUGGCUUCACAGACAGCUGAGAGAGAGGACAACAUAAUUGUUGAGGAUUUGCAAGACUACAUGUACGGUUCCUUGCAGUUUUCACGCACUGAUGCAGUGGCCAUGGCCAUUCAGAGAGGCCGAGACUUUGGGCUGGCGAGCUAUAACCAAGUCAGAGAGGCCCUCAACAUUCCACCUGUCAAGACCUGGGGAGAAAUUAAUCCCAACCUGAACAAGACUAAUCCAUCGUUAUUUUUGGAGCUGUCCAAGCUAUACGGAAACGAUAUCAACAGGUUGGAGCUGUUUGUAGGAGUUCUGCUGGAGAUAAGCAAUGGACCAGGUCCAGUGGUUUCGUCCAUUGUCCUGGACCAGUUUGAACGCAUCAGAAAUGCAGACCGAUUCUGGUUUGAAAACCAACAAAAUGGCUUGUUUACGGAGGAGGAGAUCCAAGCUAUACGAAACACCACAUACUAUGAUGUGCUUCUCAGUACCACUAGUGCAGAGAGUGGAGACCUACAAGAGAAUGUGUUUUUCUGGCUAAAUGGUGAUCCCUGCCCUCAACCUCAGACAAUCACAGCCUCCAUGCUGUAUCCUUGUACUAAUGCUACUUCUAUGAGUUACUUCGACAGUGGCAGUAAAGCAGGCUUUGGCAUUUUUGUUAUUGCCCUUUUCUUCUUCCCUGUAGUGAGUUUCCUCGUGGCUUACAUAGUGGCCUACAUCCGGGCAACCAAAUACAAAAGGUUUCUGAAAAGGACCCAAGGCCCCACCAAAGACAAAACCACCACUCAUGGAAUCAGAGCUUGUGAGUGGCAAGGAUAUUCAGAUUCUCCUCAGUAUGUCAGCCUGGAGAUUGAUGAAAAGAAACGGCUCCUGAUUUACGGUGAAAAUGGAUCCCCUGUGCGCACUCAUAACCUCGGCACUCAGGACCUCCUUGAGGUGUUUCUGUCCAACGAUCACCAGCACCGUGCCCUACUUCUGAAGAUCCCCAAGGAAUAUGAUCUGGUUUUGUUAUUUGAGAACGCUGUGCAGAGAUCAGAGUUUGUGGCUCAGCUGCAGUCUGACCUGAAGGAAAUUACCCAGCAUCUGAUAGUGACCGAGAUGAGUGAGAAAGAACUGCUGAAGGAGGCGGUGACCAAAGAGCAGCGAGCUCAGAUAGUGGAGACUUUUUUCAGACAUGCAUUUGCAAAGAUUCUAGAUAUUGAUAAAAGUGAUGCAGGAGAUCUGAGUGGUGUGUCCUCCAAGAAAACCAAAGAGGCUCUUCAGUGUGAGCUCACAGGAUCUGAGUUUGCCCAUGCACUUGGGCUGAAGCCUGACUCGCCCUUUGUGGAGUCCAUGUUUUCUCUGGCAGAUAAGGAUGGCAACGGAUACCUCUCUUUUCAAGAGUUUCUCGAUGUUCUGGUCAUCUUCAUGAAAGGAACCCCAGAGGAAAAGUCCAAGCUCCUGUUCUCCAUGCAUGAUAUUAAAGGAGAAGGUUUCCUGUCUAAGGAAGAUUUUUGUUCUUUACUCAGGUCUUUCUUGGAGAUCUCCAGUAAUGUCCUCUCUAAGAACCAAGCAGAGGAGGCUAUAGCAGCUAUGCUUCAUGCUGCAGGCUUUGAUAACAAAGAUCACAUCACCUGGGAAGACUUUCACGUCUUACUGCAAGAUCAUGAGAAUGUCCUGCAGUUUGCACAACUUAACAUCAAAGGAAUGGAAAUGCGUGACAUGAACAGACUAAACCAACAUCGUGUGUCCUUUAUCAUCACAAAGAAACACAGUUCCUCUUUUAAAAAAGAUGGUGACUUUGUAUACAAUUGCCCUGUAGAUGAUGGCCAGGAACUUCGCCAAAGAAAAAAAUCGGGCAUCUCCAACUCGAAGCUGUAUGUAAAGCCUCAGAGAGAGCGCUACAUUAGGAGUCGUGUCCAACAGAAGAUCCAACAGUUUAAACGCUUUGUCGAAAACUACCGUCGCCAUAUUGUGUGCAUUGGUGUCAUCUAUGGGAUCACUGCUGGGGUUGCUCUGGAGAGAUGCUAUUUCUAUGGUUUUCAGGAUCGCACCGCCGGUGUCACAGAAUCCUCCAUGGUGGGCGUUAUAGUGUCCCGAGGCUCUGCUGCUGCCAUCUCUUUCUUGUUCCCCUACAUGCUCCUCACAGUGUGUCGCAACCUCAUAACCAUGUGCAGAGAAACCUUCCUCAACAGAUACAUUCCUUUUGACUCCGCUAUAGAUCUCCAUCGCCUCAUGGCAAUGACGGCUAUCAUCCUUUCAGUUACACACAGCUUGGGUCAUUUAGUCAAUCUUUACAUCUUCUCUGUCAGUGAGCUCAGCAUCCUUGCCUGCAUGUUCCCCAAAGUGUUUUCCAAUAAUGGGUCAGAGCUACCAGAAAAAUGGACCUUCUGGUUCUUUUGUACAGUACCAGGCAUGACAGGAAUCAUUCUUCUCUUUGUCUUAGCCUUUAUGUAUGUCUUUGCCUCACACUACUUCAGACGUAUCAGUUUCAGAGGGUUUUGGAUCACACACUAUUUUUACAUGCUUAUCUAUAUCCUGACAGUAAUCCAUGGCAGCUUUGCCCUCCUCCAGCAGCCACGCUUUUACAUCUACCUGAUCCCACCUGCCCUCCUCUUCCUCCUGGAUAAACUCAUCAGCCUCAGCAGGAAGAAGGUGGAGAUCCCUGUGGUGAAUGCUGAGCUGCUGCCCUCAGGAGUGACAUAUCUGGAAUUUAAGCGCCCCCAGGGAUUUACUUACCGUUCAGGACAGUGGGUACGUGUGGCCUGUCUGGAGUUGGGCACAGAUGAGUACCACCCCUUCACACUGACCUCAGCACCUCACGAGGAGACCCUCAGCCUGCACAUCCGUGCCGUUGGACCAUGGACCAGCAAGCUGCGAGAGAUCUACAACCUAGAGAGACUGAAUGAACUAGGGACUUAUCCUAAACUGUAUCUGGAUGGACCAUUUGGGGAGGGCCACCAGGAGUGGAAAGACUUUGAGGUGUCUGUUCUCGUGGGAGGAGGCAUCGGAGUAACUCCAUUUGCUUCUAUACUGAAGGAUCUAGUUUUCAAGUCUUCAGCAAAACUCAAAGUUCAAUGCAAAAAGGUGUAUUUUAUCUGGGUGACCCGGACUCAGCGUCAGUUUGAGUGGGUGUCAGAUAUCAUACGAGAAGUUGAGGAGAUGGAUGCACAGGAGCUGGUGUCUGUACACAUCUACAUCACUCAGCUGGCAGAAAAGUUUGAUCUGAGGACCACAAUGCUUUAUGUAUGCGAGCGCCAUUUCCAGAAAGUGUCGAACAGGAGUCUGUUUACUGGCCUGCGUUCUGUCACACACUUCGGUCGUCCACCAUUUUUGGCUUUCUUCAGCUCCCUACAGGAAGUUCACCCUGAGGUGGGGAAGAUUGGUGUCUUCAGCUGUGGUCCGCCUGGCCUGACAAAGAAUGUAGAGAAAGCCUGCCAGCAGAUAAACAAACGAGAUCAAGCACAUUUCAUUCAUCAUUUUGAGAACUUCUAACUUGACUGUUGUUCCUAAAUUUACUGUUGCUUAACACCAGUAAAUUUAGAAGCAACACUCUUCUCAGUCAACAGUAAAUUUACUUUUACUAACACUGUUAAUUUUAUUUCAUUCUUUUCCUAAGCUAGGGAAGAUCAAGCACAUUUCACCCUUCAUUUUAAAACUUCUAACUUGACUGUUGCUCCUAAAUUUACUGUUACUAACAAUUAACAAUAAAGGUAUCUAACUAUAAAUGUGUUGAUAUUAUGAGAUGCAUUGAUUUUUCUUGACAACAUAGUGCAGUACUGUUAGAGAUUUAUUUUCAACUAAUUAAUUCCUUUUUUGUCAGCAAGUUUAUUUCUUUUUUCCUUAUUAAAAUAUAUUUUAAAUGUGAUUCGUCAAAUUAAAUUUGCCUUCUGACCUUCACUGUGAUAUAAGGGCCAU